AUGGCCAGCCCGGAACCAUGGCUGCGCUGGACACAAACAGAGCUGAGGCGCGGCGAGGCAGAGCAGGAGGAGGAGGAGGAGGAGGAAGACGACGACUUUGAAAGGCGAAUGGACGAAGAUGGGGUGAUUGGCUUGGGGGAGGAUGCCGGGAGCUCUGAGGAGCCAGAGGGCACAGCCUGGCUGGUGGCAGCCCCUGGGUGCUGGUGUUUUGCAGGCGACAGCGAGGGGCUGGAGGUGGGGUCCCCGGCGGAGGAGGGUCGCUGGCACCCGCGGCGGGACCUGGUGGAAGAGGAGGAGGAGGAGGAACGAGGCAGUUCGCGGGGCGACGAGGGGCUCUGGGGGGCAGAGAGCGAUGGGGAGCCCUACCCGGAGCUCUCCUACGAGGGCCAGUGGGGCUCGGGCACCGAUGGUGCGGACACCUCAGGGCUGUCGGACACCAGCCCUGGCACCUCCACCCCGUCCCGCUGCCACCGGGGCUGGGGCACGGUUGGGGGUACCAGCGGGGGACACGGGCAGGGCUGGGCCCCGAGCCGGAGCCUCCUGCUGCCCCUCUCCACCGCUGCCCCCCAUGAUACCUCCAGCAUCGAGUCCAUCCCUAAGCCUCAGCCAGUUGGGACGGAACUACCAGCCCCUGGUACCGUUGCCUUGGCACCCGCCGGGGAGCCCUGGAGCGUUGGGACCUCCCCUGCACCCCGGCUGCCCGACCGGUCCCGGGUGCCCAGGAAAACAACCCCCACGGCGCUGCCCUCCAAGCCCGCCCCGCCCUUGCGGUCCCUGAGCCCCCGGCGACGACACACGGGUGGCAGAGAGGCGAGAGAGAGUGGCACGGCCGAGGGCACCCAGUACGGCCGCGGGCGGCUCAACCACCCCCUGCCCGACCUCUCCAAGGUGGAGGCCAGGGUGAAGUUCGACCAGAGCUACCGACCCCCGCGGGGCCGCGUCCUGCCCGCCUGCCCCCGGGCCCCGGGCGGCCCCAUCGGCUUCAAGUCCCCGGCCGAGAUUGUCCGGGAGGUGCUGCUGAGCAGCGGGGAGGGGGCCCCUCCGCAGCCCCCCGCCAGCCCUGGCGUGCCGCUGGAGUUCAGGUCCCCCAGGCAAGCCACGGCGCUGGUGCAGCAGCUCCAGGAUGACUACCACAAGCUGCUGACCAAGUACGCCGAGGCUGAGAACACCAUCGACCAGCUGCGCCUGGGUGCCAGGGUGAGCCUCUACGCUGACCCACCACAGCCCAGCCACAGCCUGGCUGUGGGCACCAUGGGCACAGGCUGCCAGGUGAUGGCCCUCAGCAUCCCAAAGGCCAGGACAGCAGCUUUCAGCAUGGCCCCAGCCACAGCCUCACCGACCUUGCCAGCCUCACCAAUUCCAGUACCAGGACCAUCAGACCAGAGGGGAUCAUCUCAAUCUCCUUCCCCACCUCCACCUGGUGGGUGCUGCUCUACCUGCCCAGGGCCAUGCUGCUGCUCGGGGUCCCAGCUGACUCAGACACUGGCAGGACAGACCCAGAAGCUGCAGGCACAGGUGGAAUCCUUCAAAGGCUGGAUCCGGGCAGGGAGCCCUGCACCCCAGGAGCAGCUUCAGAGGCUGAGGAAGCUGAAGGAUGUGCAGGAUGCUCUGGAGCAGGCGUACCUGGGAGCCCGGCAGCAGCACCCAGACACCUCGGGGGGCUUUGAUCCUGACCGCUCACUGGAAGGGGACAUUUUCCGCCUGGGGCUGUGCCUGGAGGAGCUGAAGGAGCAGCUGGAGCCUGGGAGCGCCAUGCAGAUGGAAGGUCCCCAGGGGACCGGGGGGGACAGCAAGGCUGUGACAGAGUGGUUGCCCCGACCCCUCUGGAACAAGCAGCGACAUGUGGAGGAGGAUUUUGGUGACCUGCUGCAGCAGUACAAGCACUUCAAGUCCCUGCCGGAGUCACUGAGCCUGGAGCAGCUGAGCCUGACAGAAAGCGGAUCCCAGGAGGAGGUGGAUGGACCUGCAGCAGGGGAUGGUGGCCUCAGCAGAGUCCCCAGGAGGACGUGGUCACUAGAGGAAGUGGCUGACCUCAAGACCUCCCCAUUGCACCCCCAGGAGAGGAGAGCUGUGCAGCUGCCCCCCAGGGUGACCCCAUGGCCAGGGAGGACACAGGGCCACCUGUCCACCGCCACCACUGAGGAGCCACCAGCCACAGCCAAGCCUCCCUUGGGGGUCCCCAACCCAUCCCAGCCCCCCGUGCCCCGCCGCAGCAGUGGGGUGGGCAGCGCUGCCACCCAGCACCACUCCCACAAGGAGCAGCGCAUCGUGUCGCCGGAGACGGACAGCGGCUUUGUGGGCUCGGAGGCCAGCAGGGUGUCACCCCCCAUGCACACCCCUGAGCACCAGCCCCCUGGCUCCAGGACCCCCGGCUCGCUGGGACCCUCCAUCCCCCUCCCUGCCACCCUCCGUCCUCAUCGGAAGAGAGAGGUGACCCCGCGUCCCUCUGAGACAACACCAACGGGCAGCUACCUCAUGGGUGGGCAGGGCAGCACUGGGAGUGCCCACCUGCCCCCCAGCACCCCCUGGCAGAGCAGCUCCCCCCACCGCUGGGCUGAGAGUGCAGGCAGCGAGGUGGGAGCCGGCGGUGAGAGCACUCACACGGACUCGGAGGCAGAAGGCAGGAGUUGCACCAGCGGCCACCCCCCCACCAUGGCCAGGGGUCCAGCCAGCCCCCCAGCAUCCCCCAGAACACAGACCCCCACCCUGCUGUCCCCUGGCCCCCCAUCCCCUGAGGCAUCUCGCUGUGACCUGCUGGGCUCCCGUCUGCAGCGCGACCAGGCCAUCCGGGCUCUGCGGGACGAGGUGUGGCGGCUGCAGCGGAGGUUGGAGGAGAGCCUGCGACGUUCCCACAGCUAUCCCCAGGGCAAAGCCACCACCCUGCCUGCCACCCUGCCUGCCACCCUGCCCAGGAGGCAGCCAAGGGACAAUGGACCAUCGUCCUCCAAGGACACGAUGCCCUCAGGGGAGCCAAGCCCAUUGGCACAGGGCAGGCUGGCACCCACGAGGAAGGGGCGAUCAGCAUCGGUGCCACGGGACAGGCCAGAGCUGGAGCUCAGUGAUGCCAGGAGGCAGCCCCAGCACAGCACCCCGCGGAGGAUGCGCUGCCCCACGUGCCGGGCACCUAUAGGCACCCCCUCGCCUGGCAGCAGGGACAGAGCCACACACGCAGAUGCUGGCCCCAGUGGCAGGUCCUCGCCAGGCUCCCACCCUGAGCCCCAGGCUGAGAAGCUGAAGCAGCCCAGCCCCUGGUACCUGGCAGCCAGCCCUGCUGCCACCGCUGCCAUCGGCUGCCUCACACCCGUGCCCCUCGUGCCUUAUGUCCCCUCCGUGCUCUACUGCUCCCCAGCAGCACCUACCUCAGCCCCUCACAGCGCUGCCCACCACCCCUGCCUGAGCCUGCACCUGGAGGAGCUGGAGGAUCUCAACUGGUCACUGAGCCAGGCUGUGGAGGCUGCCCAGAGCAUCAGGGUCACCACCUCCCGCAUGGGCAGGCUGCUGGCCACUGAGCUGGGCCGGGUGCGGGACCUGAGGGGCUCCUGCCUCUUCUGA